CCCCCUCCCCCUCCACCACUGUAAUCUUACUGGUCUUAAUUGGAAAAAAGGGGGACGCGGAUGCCUCACCCACGCCUUACACAGCUGAAUUGAUAGUAUGAAUUGAAGUAUUUGUCUUUUUUUGAAGAACUGCCUACCUCCUUUAUUUGCAUCUGGUCAGAGUUAUCUAACACAGAGAGAGGGGGAAGAAAAAGCACCGUGUUCACUGUUGGACUGACCUGAUGAAUCUACCUCAAAUACAACUUUAUUGUCUUUAAAACACAACAGGCUGAUGUGUGCCCAAAUAAAUACCUCAACUUGUUUGUAAAAAAAACAAACAAACAAACCAACAACACAACCUGAGCCUGUGUUUCGGUCCACGCUGCAGAUGGCUUCGUUUCCAGACUCGGACCUGCAGACCUGCCCGCUCUGCAAGGAGCUGUGCGGCUCCUCGGCUCCCAUUUCCUCCAGCUCCUCCACCUCGUCGUCCUCCUCGCACACCUCGUCCUCCUCCAGCCAGACCACCAGGAGGCUCCACGUCCUGCCCUGCCUCCACGCCUUCUGCAGGCAGUGCCUCGAGGGCCAACGCAGCCCAGGUGACCCCCUGAAGCUGCGGUGCCCCACCUGCGACCAGAAGGUGUGCAUCUCCGAGGCCGGAGUGGACUCCCUGCCUUCCUCCAACUUCCUCUUCAGCAACCUGCUGGACGUGGUGGUGAGCAGCUCCGAGGAGCAGAUUCAGAACAAGAACGGCCUACACCACCACCACCACAACAACCACCACCAACACCAGCAGCAGCAGCACCUCCGGGGAGGUUUGGGCGGAGGUUCCUCAGGCUUCCAACACCUUCACGGGGGCCUCCUGCACCAGAGCCACCUGGGAGAGCCUCAGUGCAGCUCCUGCGAUGAGGAGAACCCGGCCACCUCCCACUGCCUCGACUGCCAGGAGUACCUGUGUGACAACUGCGUGCGGGCUCACCAGAGGGUGAGGCUGACCAAGGACCACUUCAUCGAGCGCCUGGGGGAGAACCUCCACCUGGGCCGGGUCAACGUCAACAGCAACCCGGGCCAGCCGGGGGUGUCGGUGUCCCUCGCCCAGUCUCUGCAGAACAACUUCGCCCUGCUGUCCCUGUUCCAGGACCAGAUGAGCUUCUGCCAGCACCAUGACAACGAGAUAUUUCUGUUCUUCUGUGAAUCCUGCUCGGUGCCGAUCUGUAGGGAGUGCAGUGUUGGCCGUCAUAUGGGACACACCUUCGUUUAUCUGCAGGACGCUGUACAGGACUGCAGGGCCAUCACCAUCCAGCUGCUGGCCGACGCACAACAAGGACGUCAGGCUGUGCAGCUAAGCAUGGAGAAGGUCCAGGCCAUGGCAGAGCAGGUGGAGAUCAAAGCCAAGGUGGUGCAGACUGAGGUGAAGGCCCUUGUGCUCAAGCACAAGAAAGCGCUGGAGGAGAGGGAGUGUGAACUACUGUGGAAGGUGGAGAAGAUCCGUCAGGUGAAGGCCAAGUCUCUGUACCUGCAGGUGGAGAAACUGCACCAGAGUCUGACCAAGUUGGACAGCACCAUCGCCGCCGUCAGCCAGGUGCUGGACGAGGGCCGCCACCUCGACGUGCUGCUGGCCAGGGAGCGAAUGCUCACACAGAUCCACGAACUCAAGGCUCUGAGGGGCCUGCUGCAGGCGCAGGAGGACGACCGCUUCAUGUUCACGCCUCCGGACCAGGCUCUCUACAUAGCCGUCCAGUCCAUGGGCCUCAUCAGCAGCGGAGCCUUCGCCCCGGUCACCAAAGCCCACGGUGAGGGUCUGAAAACUGCUCUUCGUGGCAAACCCUCCUCCUUCACCGUGAUUGGAUACGACCACGACGGCGAGCCGCGUCUCUCGGGCGGGGACGCGGUGUCUUCAAUAGUCAUGUCGGUCCCAGACGGGAACCUGUCCUCCGCCGAGGUAACGGACCACCAGAACGGCUCGUACACUGUGGGCUACCUGCCUAAAAGUGAGGGGGAGCACCUGGUGUCGGUGCUGGUGUGUAACCAGCACAUCCAGGGCAGCCCCUUCAAGGUGAUGGUGAAGUCGGGGCGGAGCUAUGGCACCCUGGGCUCACAGGUGGCGGCCUUCGGGUGCGAGGGUGAGGGAGACGGGCAGCUGUGUCGACCGUGGGGAAUCAGCGUGGACAAGGAGGGAUACGUGGUGGUGGCCGAUCGCAGCAACAACCGCAUACAGAUAUUUAAGCCCUGCGGUGCGUUCCACCAUAAGUUUGGCACGCUGGGUUCUCGGCCCGGUCAGUUUGAUCGUCCAGCGGGGGUUGCGUGUGACAGUCAGAGGCGAAUCAUUGUGGCUGAUAAGGACAAUCACCGUGUGCAGGUGUUUACUUUCGAGGGCCAGUUCCUGCUGAAGUUUGGGGAAAAGGGUACCAAGAAUGGGCAGUUCAACUAUCCCUGGGAUGUGGCUGUCAACUCCGAGGGGAAGAUCCUGGUCUCGGACACCCGGAACCACCGGGUGCAGCUCUUUGGCCCCGAUGGCUCUUUCCUCAACAAGUACGGCUUCGAGGGGGCCCUGUGGAAACACUUUGACUCUCCCAGAGGAGUGGCCUUUAACCACGAGGACCACCUGGUGGUGACCGACUUCAACAACCACCGGCUCCUGGUCAUCCGGCCGGACUGCCAGUCGGCCCGCUUCCUGGGCUCCGAGGGCACCGGGAACGGGCAGUUCCUGCGGCCCCAGGGCGUCGCCGUGGACCUGGAGAACCGCAUCAUCGUGGCCGACUCCCGCAACCACCGGGUCCAGGUGUUCGAGCCCAACGGGAACUUCUUAUGCAAAUUUGGCACACAGGGGAGUGGCUUCGGACAGAUGGACCGCCCCUCCGGUGUGGCUGUGACGCCCGACGGGGUCAUUGUGGUCGUUGACUUUGGAAAUAAUCGCAUCAUCAAGUUCUAAAAGACUAUUAUUUUUUUUUUGCAUUCUCUCCCUCUGUUUGGCCUUUUUACAGUUUUUCUUGAUGAAGGAAAUGGAGGCGAGAGAAUGAAUCAACAGACACAACAGGAGGAGAGCUCGGAGAGGAUUGAGAGCAUGUUGAAGUAAAGGGAAAUUAAAACUAUAGAUUUUUUUUUAUUUCAUUAACAUUGCUAUAUUUCCCAAUCAGAUAUCUGUGGUGUGUAUGACAAAGGGGACCUCUACAAAUUGAUAAUCAGUAGAUAAAGCCAUAUUUCCCUCCCUCGGUCUCGGCUGCUCUGAAUCCUCUCCGUGAGCUCUCCUUAGUUAUCCAUCUCAGGGAUUUUUUCACUUUUCUUGAAAUCUUGUACCCUCUGCUCCACACCUACCUCAUUUAGCUCUUUAUGAAUGUACUCAUAGUCACUGAGCAGAGGUUUUAG